GAAUAUAUUAUGAUUCUCGAGUACGCAGACCUUGGAGAUCUUUCUUACCGGAUAAAUAAGAAUAAAAAUUUUGAUUGGUCAAAAAAAUUAAAUAAGCUUAUGUAUAUUAUUAAUGGUCUUAAAGAAAUUCAUCAAAAGAAGAUGGUUCACCGAGAUUUUCAUACAGGAAAUAUAUUAUUCAAAACUGGUAAAAAUAUUGGUUUGGAUAUACGCAUUUCGGAUAUGGGAUUAAGUGGAAAAGUUGGUAAUAUAGAUAAUGAAAUUUGUGGUGUGAUGCCUUAUAUAGCUCCUGAAGUGUUAAGAGGAAAUCCUUAUACACAAGCAGCUGAUAUAUAUAGCUUCGGUAUGAUUAUGUAUUUUAUAGCAACUUUAAGACAACCUUUUCAAAAU